AAACAGGUGACAUGAUAUAAAUAUUAGAUCUGGAAAUAUGCCCUAAUUCGUCCACCGCCACCCGCUUCCGAUUCAUCACUCAGGCGGCCGCAGCUUCACCACCCGUCUCAUCGCCAGCCGCCGGUGAAUCCGUCGCCUCUUUCUUUGCUAAGGUUUCUUCUGGUUGCUUUUCGACAAUAGUGUUUCAUCAGUCGCUUCGAAAAUGUCGCGAAAAGGGUUAAUGGAGCAGGACUUGAGUAAACUUGAUGUUGCAAAACUUCAUCCAUUGUCGCCGGAAGUUAUCUCACGACAGGCUACCAUUAACAUUGGUACCAUUGGUCAUGUGGCUCAUGGAAAGUCAACUGUGGUGAAAGCAAUAUCUGGCGUGCAGACUGUUCGAUUCAAGAAUGAAUUGGAGCGUAAUAUUACUAUCAAGCUUGGAUAUGCCAAUGCAAAGAUUUACAAAUGUGAGGAUGAUAAAUGUCCUCGACCUAUGUGCUACAAGGCUUAUGGAAGUGGAAAAGAAGACAGUCCUUUUUGUGAUGUUCCUGGAUUUGAGAACACAAGGAUGAAACUUUUAAGACAUGUUUCCUUUGUUGAUUGCCCAGGCCACGAUAUUCUUAUGGCUACCAUGCUUAAUGGUGCUGCAAUCAUGGAUGGAGCUUUGCUUCUUAUAGCUGGCAAUGAAAGUUGCCCACAGCCCCAAACAUCUGAGCAUCUGGCUGCUGUUGAAAUUAUGCGACUUCAACAUAUUAUUAUUCUUCAAAAUAAGAUUGAUCUUAUUCAAGAAAGUGCUGCCAUCAAUCAACAUGAGGCAAUCCAGAAGUUCAUUCAGGGCACAAUUGCUGAUGGGGCUCCUGUGGUGCCAAUAUCUGCUCAAUUAAAAUAUAAUAUUGAUGUCGUCUGCGAGUAUCUAGUGAAGAAAAUUCCCAUUCCAGAAAGAAAUUUUACUUCCCCUCCUAAUAUGAUUGUUAUCCGUUCGUUUGAUGUGAAUAAGCCUGGCUCAGAAGUCGAUGAAAUAAAAGGCGGUGUUGCUGGAGGUAGCAUCUUGAGGGGUGUUUUGAAGGUAAAUCAAUUUAUUGAAGUCCGGCCUGGUAUUGUUGUCAAGGAUGAGAGUGGGAAUAUAAAGUGCACCCCUAUCUACUCUAGGAUUGUUUCCCUGUAUGCUGAGCAAAAUGAGCUACAAUUUGCCGUACCUGGUGGGCUCAUUGGUGUGGGUACAACAAUGGACCCUACAUUGACUCGUGCUGAUAGAUUGGUUGGUCAGGUGCUUGGUGAAGUGGGUUCACUGCCUGAUAUAUUUGUGGAGCUUGAGGUGAACUUCUUCCUUCUCCGUCGGCUCUUAGGUGUCAGGACAAAGGGAACUGAGAAACAAGGGAAAGUCUCCAAGCUGACCAAGGGUGAGAUCCUGAUGCUCAACAUAGGAUCCAUGUCAACUGGGGCUCGAGUCGUUGCGGUGAAGAAUGAUUUGGCUAAGCUGCAGCUCACUGCUCCAGUAUGCACCAGCAGAGGGGAGAAGGUUGCGCUUAGUCGGCGUGUUGAGAAGCAUUGGCGUCUGAUUGGUUGGGGGCAGAUUCAGGCUGGUUCGACACUCGAAGUCCCACCCUGCCCUAUCUAAUACCCCUCUCAGCCCUUAUUUCACAUUCUAAUCCAAAGAAGCAAAAGAAGAAAAGACAGCAGGAUAAUAUACUACACGUGCGUUGGUAGGCAGGAAACAAUAAUUGCAAUUUUCUUCAAGUUUCUUGCAGGAUUUUUGUGUACUUUUGUUGAUUUACGUUGCCAAACGUUUAUCGGUCAUCUAAUUUAGUGUUCUACCCUUCCUGUGUGUUGCAUUAGACACCAUGCAAAUUGGUUAUGCAUUGCUGCUUAGAAGAAUUGCUGGUCUUCACGGACUUGCUUCGGUCACAGUGUCUUACAAGUUCUGAGGUUUGGGUUAGUUUAGCCGUAUUUAUUGUGAUUAUACUGAUAAAUCAAAUUUGUAGCAGGAGCACUUUCAGCAAAACUGAUGGUUUAAUUUUGUCUCCAAUUAAUUUUCUUUCUACUAGAGAAAAUUUGUUUCCUAUGAGAGCAGCAUAGUUCUCUUGGUUUUGUAUUGAUCUAAAUGGACGUGGGUUAUAUGUACUGAAUUAUAUCAUCAUUGGAUUAUUUUAUUUUUAUUUUUUAUGUUGAUAA